AUGUUUUAUCGUUCACUUCUUCUUCUACUUUUUCUUCUCCUUCCUCUUCUUCUACUACUACUUCUACUUCUUUUUCUUCUUCUCCUCCUUUUUCUUCUUCUUUUUCUUCUUUGUCUUCUUCCUUUAUUUCUACUUCUACUACUUUUUCUUUUUCUUCUUCUUUUUCUUCUUUCCUCUUCUUCUACUUCUUCUUCUUUUAUUUCUACCUCCUCUUUUUUCUUCUUCUUCUUCUUCUUCUUCUACUUCUUUUACUUCUACCUCCUCUUUUUUUUUUUCUUCUUCUUCUUCUUCUUCUUGUUCUUCUUCUUCUUUUUCCUCUUUUUCUUUUUCUCCGUCUUCUUCUUUUUUUACUUCUCCUUCUUCUACUUCUUUUUCUUCUUCUUCUCCUUUUUCUUCUUCUUUUUCUUCUUUGUCUUCUUCCUUUAUUUCUACUUCUUCUACUACUUUUUCUUUUUCUUCUUCUUUUUCUUCUUUCCUCUUCUUCUACUUCUUCUUCUUUUACUUCUACCUCCUCUUUUUUCUUCUUCUUCUUCUUCUUCUUCUUCUACUUCUUUUACUUUUACCUCCUCUUUUUUCUUCUUCUUCUUCUUCUUCUUCUUCUUCUUCUUCUUGUUCUUGUUGUUGUUGUUCUUCUUCUUCUUCUUUUUCCUCUUUUUCUUUUUCUCCGUCUUCUUCUUCUUUUUUUUACUUCUCCUUUUUCUACUUCUUUUUCUUCUUCUUUUUCUUCUUUUCUUCUACUUCUACCUCUUCUUCUUUUUCUUCUUUUUUCCUCAUCUUCUUCUUCUUUUUUCCUCUUUUUCUUCUUCUCCUCCUUCUUCAUCUUCUAUUACUUUUACUUCUCCUUUUUCUACUUCUUUUUCUUCUUCUUUUUUCCUUUUCUUCUACUUCUUCUUCUGCUACCUCUUCUUCUUUUUCUUCUUUUUUUCCUCUUCUACUUCUUCUUCAUCUACUUUUUUCCUCUUCUUCUUUUUUCCUCUUCUUCUUUUUUCCUCUUUUUCUUCUUCUACUUUUUCUCAUUUUAAUUCUUACCCACCAACACCCCACAGUCCCGACCCACCACCGCCAUCUCCACUUCCACCCCCCCUUCUCCCGCUCUCUCACUCUCUCUCUCUCACUCUCUCUCUCUCUCACCGAUUCGACGCACGUGUACUCGCUCGCGAAGUUGUCAACAUUAGUUGCUGUAUUACUCGUCGUUGUGCCAGCCCGACAAAAAUCGAAAUUAGUGACUGUACAGUCGGAACAGACUUGCCUCGUCACUCAGUAACGACCGGCCCAACGAGCAGGCUGGACCGCCCCCGGGAGGUCCCGGAUGGUUGUGGUGCGUCCUGUAUGUGGGAGGGGAUAACCAAGAAUGCCAGUAUGGCCCAGUACACACAUGUGCAAGCUUUGCAGUUACCCCAGAGGUCGUGUCGUAAGUUGGGACUCGUGGAGGUAGCCAUGAUGGUAAUGCGAAUUGAAAUCAAAACCAUUGAAUUCUGGAGAGCUGUAAUCAGCGAGUGUUUGGGGACGUUUCUAUAUGUGUUGCUCGGAUGUAGUGCUAUGCUUUACUGUGACGGGGAGCAUCCAGCCAUGUCCGGCCGGGUGCUUGCUGCUUCGUCUAGCGGUCAGCGAGCGGCCGGAGCUUCAACAAGCGGCAGUCCGGAAACUGACCACCGAAAUAGUGGACACCGUGUCGCGUCGGCAGCAGCCGUAGGAGAGUACUUAGGGGACGGGACAGAAAGUACACAAGUACACCUUGCCAUUGCCUUGUCCUUUGGCCUUAUUAUGGCCACAUUGGUUCAAUGUUUCGGACACAUCUCUGGCGCACACUUUAAUCCAGUUACUACCAUGGCAAUGGCUCUCACCUGCAAGAUUACACCGCUACGUGGAUUUUUCUAUGCAAUUGCACAGUUAGGAGGUGGAAUUGCCGGGGCAGCUCUUUUAUACGGUUUACUAAGCAAGUGUUUGGCCGAAAUACCAAAAUCUCUCUCUUUCUUUCUCUCUCUCUCUCUCUCUCUCUCUCUCUCUCUCUCUCUCUCUCUCUAUUUAUUUCUAUGUGUGUCUGUCUGUCUAUCCCACUGUUUAUCUGUCUGUCUAUCUCAUUCCGAUUUUAUCUAUCUAUUUAUCUAUCUCAAUUUGUUAAUAUCUAUCUGUCUAUACCAGUUUGUUAAUAUCUAUCUAUCUAUCUAUCUAUCUAACCGUGUUUCUUUAAAUCUAUCUAUCUAUCUAUCUAUCUAUCUAUCUAUCUAUCUAUCUAUCUAUCUAUCUAUGCCAUUUUUUUCUUUAAAUCUAUCUAUCUAUCUAUCUAUCUAUGCCAUUUUGUUAAUAUCUAUCUAUCUAUCUAUCUAUCUAUCUAUCUAUCUAUCUAUCUAUCUAUCUAUCUAUGCCAUUUUGUUAAUAUCUAUUUAUCUACCUAGCGAGCCAUAUCUUACUGUUCACUUAUCUAUCUAUCUAUCUAUCUAUCUCAGCUUGUUCACCGCUAUUUGUCUGACCGGAAUGAGCUGUACUCAUGUUUAA